CUUGCUGCCCAAAUGUGCCCUCUGUCUGCAAUUGUGCGUCUGACACUUGACUGACAACUUACUGGCUCCUCAGAACAAGUCCUCCAACUCCCCAGUAUUUUCAGCCGUCACCAUUUCUACAACGCGAGGCUUCUGCCGAGUGUCGCGUGUCGAGAGCGGGGGGCAAACAGAUUAGCUCUGUAUAGACUUGUUCAGAAGCAACCCUUUCACAGGCGCGCAAUUUCGAACCACAACAACCCCGCGGUUUCACUGUCGCGUUGACGCCAUUGUUCAGCCUGGUUCUCCUCAACAGUCGGUUCAUUCAAGGCAGGGGCCGACUGACUGUCGAUCUAGAAGCAGUCCACGGCAAACGUCCCAAGACAUUGCAGGUCUUGGGAAUUUUAUUCAAUUGAACAUUUUCGAGAUCCAGAACCGACCGUGCUUAGGCUUGAGCUGCAGAAACAAAUUCUCCUUGGAGCAGAAGCUCCGUUAUUGAAACCCCACCCUCUGCUCUUCCCCGCGACCGACCGCACCGCAGUUGGCGCUAGCUGUGACCAAGACGAGAAGCCCUCGCACCACUCUCGAGCAGCAAACACAAACGCCAGUCUCGAAUUUUCGAGACAGGCUUCCAAAAUCUGCAGUCAUGGAUGACAGGAUACAAGACAUUUACAAAAAGAUCGAGCGCGAGAAAGCUUUGAUAAAUGCUGCCAACUUGAUGCGACAGCAGACCAACAAUGAUGCCGUCCGAUCCAAGCUCGACACCCAGAUGCGCGAGGGCCGCCGCAACCUCGAGUUCUUUGAAGGGACACUGCGGGAAAUGCAGAUGCGCAGUAUGGGUCAAGGAAUGGACAACCUGAGCAUCGGCGGGUCCACCCUUGCCGCCAGCGCCUCCUCUUCGUCCCGCCCGCGAAGUGCCGUCGAGGAAGAUGGCCCCAUGCCUCCUCCUAAAGAUGGGGGAUAUGGCGCUGGUGGCGACGGCUAUGGCCAAACGCAGUACAGUCAGAUCGGCGAGCAUGGCGAUCUGAUGCCGCCUCGAGGUCCUUUCGCCAACCAAGGCCCAGGGAGCCAUAUUCCAAAAACAAGACCAAACUUUACAAAGCUGGAUCUGAUCAAAUACGACACGCCAUACCUUGGCCCCCGGAUUCAGCUCAUGCUGUCGCAAAUUCAAUUCAAACUCAAUGUUGAGGAACAGUAUCUGAAAGGCAUCGAAAAGAUGGUACAGUUGUAUCAGAUGGAGGGUGAUAAGAAGAGCAGAGCCGAUGCAGCCGCCCGUCGGGUUGAGAGCAAGCAAAAAAUCGUACUAUUGAAACAGGCUUUGCGAAGAUACGAAGAAUUGCAUAUAGACAUUGACUCGGGAGAUUCACCGGAUGAUGAUAGUAUCAACAUGCCCAACCUCCGGAAGCCCCUUACCGGUCAAUUAUCGAUUCGAGUCAUUGCCAUCAAAGAUGUCGACCACGCUCCGACAGGGCGCUUUGCCCGAGGCCCCGACACUUUCGUGGCGAUCAAGGUGGAAGACAAUAUAGCUGCCCGUACCAGAGUAUCUCGAACAGACAGGUGGGAGAACGAGUAUCACAACGUCGAGGUCGACAAGGCAAACGAAAUUGAGCUCACCGUUUACGACAAACCCGGAGAGCACUCAAUCCCCAUCGGGAUGCUUUGGGUCAGAAUAUCUGAUAUCGCUGAAGAGCUGCGAAGGAAGAAGAUCGAAGCGGAAACUAAUAGUCUGGGCUGGGUGUCAGCGGACCGCAUGGGCGACGUGAACCCUGCUGCCAGAGUUCCCCCUCCGCAAUUCCCAAUGAACACUCAACAGCAGCAGCCUGGUGGUCCAGUAUCCCCCGGCAUCCAGGGCCAGCAGCAAGGGUAUGGUCAACCGGGGGAUCCGCAGCAACCGGGUCAGCAAGGUCAGAUGGGACAGGUUCAGGAACCUAUUACAGGCUGGUUUAACCUCGAGCCUACUGGCUCCAUUCAGCUCAGCUUGAACUUCUUCAAACAGAGCAAGGACCGUCGCCCUGUGGACUUGGGUCUUGGACGCAAGGGCGCCAUCCGCCAACGCAAGGAGGAGGUUCACGAGAUGUAUGGACACAAGUUUGUGGAGCGCCAGUUCUACAACAUCAUGCGCUGCGCUCUCUGCGGAGACUUCCUCAAGGGCGGAUCGGGGAUGCAGUGCGAGGAUUGCAAGUACACUUGCCAUAUCAAGUGCUACACGAGCGUGGUCACCAAAUGCAUCAGCAAAUCCAACGCUGAAACUGAUCCGGAUGAGGAGAAGAUCAACCACCGGAUUCCUCACAGAUUCGUGGCAUUCUCUAACCUCACUGCUAAUUGGUGCUGUCACUGCGGUUACCUAUUGCCAUUCGGAAAGAAAAACUGCAGAAAAUGCAGCGAGUGUCAAAUGGCGGCCCAUGCUGGCUGUGUACAUCUGGUCCCUGACUUUUGCGGUAUGUCGAUGGCUGUCGCGAAUCAAAUUCUCGAGGGUAUCAGGUCACAGAAACAACGCCAGCAAAAGGCAAGCUCUAUGAGUGACCGCACGUUGCGCAGUGGAAAAAUGAGCCCGCCUGGCUCCGGGCAUGCCUCAUCGGCAUCAUUCUCUCAGGGCAUGGGAUCAAGCUACGGUCAGGCAUCUCCUGAAGCCACGGAAGCUGCCAAAUUCAUGUACUCUAGCCAAACUUCACCUCAGCGGAUCACCUCCCCAGACAGGACAUCAAGCUCGUCACAAGCUGCGGCUGCGGCAACGGCUGCUAUGACCGGUCUGCCGGGAGCCAUGUCUUCUCAGCCUGGACGACAAGGACAGCAGCCAAUAACUGACUACGGUUCGGCCAGCGGGGGUCGCUAUGGUUCGUAUGGUCCGCACGAUGAUCCAUACGCACAGCCACAGCAAUCGCCACCGCCGCAACAGCAAGCGGCUUACGGACAGCCUCAGCAGCGAAAGUACAACCCCGCGGACUAUGCCAACAUCAGCGGGGGAUACGGCAGUCAGCCGCAGAUGGCUCAGCAACCGCAGCAAGCUCGGCCCCAACAGCAGCAGCAACAGCCGUUGUACUCUCCACAGCAGCACGCAUCCCAAGCUCAGCAACCCCUGUCACCUGUUAAGCAGCAGCAUCAGGAACAACAAAUCAUCUCACCGACUGCAGGAACCGUCAUUCCGACAUCUGCGAAGAGGCCUCUUCCUUCAGCCACGGAUCCUGGUACAGGCCAGCGUAUCGGGCUUGACCACUUCAACUUCUUGGCUGUGCUUGGAAAGGGCAAUUUCGGCAAGGUCAUGCUUGCGGAAUCCAAGAAGACUAGGAAACUCUAUGCCAUCAAAGUCCUCAAGAAGGAGUUCAUUAUCGAGAACGACGAGGUUGAGAGCAUCCGCUCAGAGAAGCGGGUGUUCCUCAUCGCCAACAGGGAACGGCAUCCAUUCCUCACCAACCUGCACGCCUGUUUCCAGACCGAGACGCGUGUAUACUUCGUGGAAGAAUACAUUAGUGGUGGAGAUUUGAUGUUGCACAUUCAACGAGGACAGUUCGGCACCCGUAGGGCCCAGUUCUAUGCUGCCGAAGUUUGCUUGGCUCUCAAGUACUUCCACGAGAACGGUGUCAUCUACCGUGAUCUCAAGCUCGACAACAUCCUUCUCACUCUUGACGGUCACAUCAAGAUUGCCGACUAUGGUCUUUGCAAGGAAGACAUGUGGUACGGCUCUACCACGAGCACGUUCUGCGGUACCCCCGAGUUUAUGGCACCAGAAAUUUUGCUUGACAAGAAGUAUGGCCGAGCAGUCGACUGGUGGGCGUUUGGCGUUUUGAUCUACCAGAUGCUUCUUCAGCAGUCGCCUUUCAGAGGUGAAGACGAAGAUGAGAUCUACGACGCCAUUCUGGCGGACGAGCCGCUGUAUCCUAUUCACAUGCCGCGCGACUCUGUUUCGAUCUUGCAGAAGCUGCUCACCAGGGAACCGGACCAGCGUCUGGGAAGUGGCCCGACUGAUGCCCAGGAGGUCAUGUCGCAGCCCUUCUUCCGCAACAUCGUCUGGGAUGACAUCUACCACAAGCGCGUGGCGCCACCGUUCCUGCCGCAGAUCAAGAGUGCCACGGACACGAGUAACUUUGACUCAGAGUUUACUAGUGUUACGCCUGUCCUGACGCCAGUCCAAUCAGUUCUGUCCCAAGCGAUGCAGGAGGAGUUCCGCGGCUUUUCGUACACGGCAGACUUUGAUUGAGAUUGUUCAUGGGAACUGCAACAAAAAUUACUUGGUCAGCUUAACAAGCGCCAAACGUCAUGACCCCAGGGAGCCACAUGUAGGAAUAGUCCUGUGGGAUAUUUGUACGCAUGUUGAUAUGAAUCCCUCGGCAUGGCUUUCUCGGUGGUUGAUUAAAUCUGCUGGGAACCCGAGCGAUUCACGAGAAAGAAUCUUGGAUUCUCCACAGCAACGAUCGAACAUGUGCUUGGAAGAUCAGAACCAGAAUGCGCGAAGAUAUCUAUUUCGCGUCUACGGGUUGACUGAGUCAGCUUUUGGGGAUGGACCGGAGAUGUUGGUCGAGCCAUAACUUUUGCGUACUACUUCUCCUCAGUAUACCCCUUCACUCGUUUUAACCAAUAGCGAACGAGUGGCAUUGAUAGAUGGUAAUGAUACAAAGCGAGGUAUGAGUGUUUGAGCUGGAGAGUAUCCAUCAUCCAGACGUGAUUACAUUGGUGGUCUAUGCAUGGUGCCUCUUUGGAUGUCUAAUUCCGAAAUCAUAUAAUAUACAAAAAAACACAGUAUGUACUUGG